UUUCAAAUGAAGUCAUCAAAACACCUUCCUUUGAUAUAGUCCCGGAGGAGAUUAUGCUGGAUCCUAGCCACUCGCGCUACUUUAAGGUCGAAGCGGAUCCCAUAUAGAAAUAGGAAAGGAACCACCACCCAGAAUGUGCUAUGUGCUUGUUCUUUUGACAUGAAAUUUACCUUCGUGUAUGCUGGAUGGGAAGGGUCAGCCAACGAUUGUCGGGUGCUCUCGGCCGCACUCGAAGAUCCUCAACAGAAUUUUCCUCGACCACCACCAGGCAAGUAUUACGUGGUAGAUUCUGGUUAUGCAGCACUUCCAGGAUUUUUAACGCCGUUUAAAGGUAAACGGUAUCAUUUGAAUGAUUAUAGAGGUAGAGGGAGACAAGCUAGAACAACAAGAGAAAUGUUCAACCAUAAGCACUCUUCACUUCGGAACGUAAUUGAGAGAGCAUUUGGGGCAUUGAAGAAACGGUUCUUUAUAUUGCAACACAUACCUUCCUUUCCAAUUCCGAAGCAAGCGCUCAUUGUGAUUGCAUGUUGCGCUCUUCACAAUUAUAUUCGCGACCAAGAUAGGAUAGACAGAAACUUUUCCGUUUAUGGUGAUCCCGACUACGCAUAUAUAUCUACAGAAGAAGAGGUUGUUGAUGGUGUAUCGGAUGUGCAGGCUAGUGAGAUGAACGUACUUAGGAAAAGUAUUGCAAAUAAAAUGGCAAUGGACUGCAAUAUGCCUCAAAUUCCAUGACUUUAUAUUUUUCAAUUAU